UUCAUCAUCCAGGAUGCGCCCCCGGCGCGCAGCGUCGACUCACCAGACGCGUAUAUAGGGCGCAGAUCGCACGAUGCACAGUUACUCGUCACAGGACCUCUGAUAUCCCUGUUUACUCUUGUUCCAGUGUUCAGCAAGGGCCAGUGCGAGACUGUGGCCUACAGAUUCUUGGGGAAACGUGGAGGAUACGCAUGGGUGGUGACACAGGCCACCCUCAUCCACUGUUCCAAGCAGCAGAAGCCGCUCUCCGUCGUCUGCGUGAAUUACGUCGUAAGCGGCGUGGAGCACGAGGAUGAAGUGUAUAGCGCGCGUCAGCUCGCAGCACGUGACACCGAGCAGCAGAGCCUCGUGAAGCCCGAGAAGCUGGUCUCUACCAGCGAGACUGUUCCGCUUACGAAGCUGCAACUCCAGGUGCAGGUGGAGACCGACCUCGAAGAGGUCAUCGAAGACCCGGUAGACAAGGAAUACGCUUCGACGCGCGCGGAAGAGGAGUCGAGCAGCCCUCCGUUCAAGCGAGCGAAACCCUUGGCCGUGACGACAUCCACGUUUCGCUUGGCGGGCCAGAAGGCCGAAAAGGAGCCGGGUCGGCUUCAGGACGGCUCGCGGAAGGAUAACACCUUCCCGAGACCGAUCCACGACACAGACAAAUCCUUCGUCGGUGUGCAAGCUCUCAAGGACUCGCUCGAGGAGUCCCUCAAGGAAAACGAGGAGCCGAAACGAAAGCGGCAAACGCCUGCGCGUCUUCCGUUUAUCUUCCAGGGCAAGCCCGCGGUGGAAUACGAUCCAGAGGCCACGGUUCGUCGAGACAGGCCGCAGGCGGUCACCAGACACCUGUUUGCCCCCAUAUCUGCGCAGCAACAGCAACAACAACAGGAACAGAUCACCGCUUGCCGACCACCGCCGCAGACCACAACAGCGAGCACCUUCGCGCCUCGUACCGAGGACAUGAACAAGGGUUUCUUGACUUUCAGCGAAGAUCACCCUGGCCUUACGAUGUUGAAGGACGAACCAGAGGACUUGACGCAUCUCGCGCCGACACCUGGCGACGUCUGCGUCCCCCUGGAGGACACGCCGUUCCUCACCGACAUGCUGGACGAGUUUAUUCUCAGCAACGAGAAUUAUUGUCCCCUGUUGAGCCCUGGUAGCGCUCUGCCGUCGGAAUUGCGCUCCACGGAUUUCGGUGACCCUCUGAAGGACGCCGAUUUGGGCGACAGCUCGAGGGACAAGAGCCUGGGGGAGUCGCUGGCCGACAGCGAUCCCUUCAUGUACGGGGAUUCGCCAGGAAGUCCUUGCAGCAUCGACCCCAGCUCUGUUUCGCCUUCCUUCGCUAAAUACCGUCAAAGCCCCGAACGAAGUAUAGAUUCGCUAGGCAGCCCAACGGGUGGCAGCGGGGCUGAGGGGCUGUCAGAGGAUGAAAUGUUAAUGUUGGGUCUCAGCGACAGCAUCGCAGACGACGAGUUAGCGUUGAGAGCCCCGUACAUCCCAAUGUCGGACCAGGACGAGGCACUGGACCUGCUCAUCAGCGACGACAUGGUGAUGUGGAGUCCACCGCAUACCACAGACAAAAAUUGCUCUAAAUGGAUUAUAGACGAGAAAGACCAGCGACCGUCCGACUCGAGUUUAGCGCAACUGUUAAAGACAGACCACCAGGUCGUCUCCAAAAAGUUCAGCGACCAUGGAGGCGGGCUGGUCAAUCCAGUUCAAGUUCUUGGCCAAAUUCCCAGAAAAAAUACGAGCCUAGACACCAGCCACUGGCCCUCCAAGCUGGACAGACCCACCAAGCGCAUACACACUGUCUCGAUGGACACUGUGCGCGAGAACAAGCGCAUCAAGUGUGACGAGUCGACGAAGAUCGAUCCCCUGAUUUUGGAGGAUCACUUGCAGAGCAAACAACAAUCGUCCACGAGGAAAUCGACAAGUAUCGGUGGCAGCAGCCAGCUGCUGCGUCGUCUCGUGUCCCAGCAAUCGAUUCAACGGAACAAUGGUUACCCGGUCGACUCGUUCGGGAACGCUAUGAGCAAUCACGGACAGAGCAAUAAUCGGAUGUCGGCCGAGUUAGAGGUCGUCGACGAGGGGGAAGGGGAUAGCGGCGGUGGCGGUGACGGUGGCGGCGGAAGCGAGGGCGGGGGCGAGGACGCGAGUCGAAAAUCUCUGCGUCAGGCUACUGCGAGCUGCAACAGCGUGCUAAUGAAUCUCCUGGUGUCCGGCUGCGACGAGAACCUGAUGGAGUCGCGCAACGUUCCCACGUCGCUUCCAAAGGGUCUGACUUCGCCACUUUCUGUGAACCUGGAGAACCAAAUGGUGCCUCAAUGUCCCCGUUCAGGUGGAUCCACCGCGUCCUAUGAGCUCAGCCCAGACGUGAAGAAACACCUACUGCCUGGAACAUUCAUCAACGAAGGGGGAUCACUCGCCUCGCCCUCUUCGACAACGAUGUCUUUCGAGAACUUCGACUAUGACCCGACCUUGUCGACCAGCGGAUUGCUGCAAGUACAGCCAGACCUCUUCGGGUCUCUGCUGGAUCGGAAUCUCGUCUAAGCAAUAGCGUUCGAUGCGAAACAACACAACGGUUCGUCGCUGAUUCGAUAGGGAUUAGAGUAGACAAUGCAAUAUCCGGAUCGGUGUAGAUUGCGAGAAUUUAACCCUUUCGGUGCUGUAUUCUGUAAUUAGCGAUUAAGUCUAUCAAUGUAAACCUUAAGAGGCCUUCAUGACAUGGUUCAUAAUUGUUGAUAUUAACUGAAACGGGUUCUUCAGGAUUCAGAUAACAUUCAUCAGUAAAAUUUAUAUAUCGCUUGAUACAUAAUUUGUACCAAUAUCGAUUUGAAAAUCUUGUAACAGUAAAAAUUUCUUUAAUUCUGUUUAACAUAUAUAUAUAUAUAUUUCAAAGGAACA